GUUGGGACCCAGAUCUUUCUAGUUAAUCACACAACAAACUUAGAUCAUCGCAAUAAAAAGCUCGGCUCACUCUGCCUCCUCGAGUGACCGGCGGUGCACGGGGUCCCUCCGAGGAGCCAUCACCCCUUCUCCUCCCCGCCAGCCGCCGCGGGGGCCGCCAGCACCAUGCGGGCCACCCACCUCCUGCCAGCCUUGCUGCUCCACCAGCUGCUGCUGCUGCCCACCGCCAUCCCCGCGGCAGAGGGUAAAGGAAAAAAGAGAAAUCCUCUUCAUGACUUCAAAAAAACAGGAGAGCUGAUGCUCAUUAAAGUAAACAAAACACUGGAAGUAAAAACGAAGCUGUUAAAUACCACAGAGCAAUGUGCAAAGAGAUGCAGCAGGAACAAGGGCCUCUCCUUCACUUGCAAGGCCUUUGCUUAUGACAGAGUUACAAAACGGUGCCAUUGGUUAUCCUUCAACAGCUUGACAAAUGGUGUGAGAAAGAAGCAAGACCAUGCGUUUGAUCUGUAUGAAAAGAAGGAUUAUGUCAGAAAUUGUAUCAUUGGAAAAGGAGCAGACUAUAAAGGAACAAUAUCUGUUACCAAAAGUGGUAUCCAGUGUCAGGCCUGGAAUUCCAUGAUCCCCCAUGAGCACAGCUUUUUGCCUUCGAGCUAUCGGGGAAAAGACCUGAGGGAAAACUACUGUCGAAACCCCCGAGGGGAGGAGGGAGGCCCGUGGUGCUUCACCACCAGUCCAGAGAUGCGCCAUGAAGUCUGUGACAUCCCCCUCUGCUCAGAAGUUGAAUGCAUGACCUGCAAUGGAGAGAGUUAUAGAGGGCCAAUGGAUCACACCGAGACAGGCAAGGAGUGUCAGCGCUGGGAUCUUCAGAGACCACACAAGCACAAGUUUCGUCCAGAGAGAUAUCCUGACAAGGGCUUUGAUGAUAAUUACUGCCGCAAUCCUGACGGCAAGCUGAGACCAUGGUGCUACACUCUUGACCCUAACACCCCCUGGGAGUUCUGUGCAAUUAAAACGUGUGAGGAAAGCUCCGUGAACAGCACAGAGGCGGCAGCUGAGACCACGACGUGUGUUCGGGGACAGGGCGAGGGCUACCGUGGCACCGUCAGCACCAUAUGGAGCGGAGUCCAGUGCCAGAGGUGGGACUCCCAGCAUCCUCACCAGCACAACAUCACUCCUGAGAACUUCAAAUGCAAGGAUUUGAGGGAGAACUACUGCCGAAAUCCAGAUGGAUCUGAAUCACCCUGGUGCUUUACCACUGACCCAAACAUCCGUGUUGGUUAUUGCUCCCAGAUUCCUAAGUGUGAUGUAUCAAAUGAACAAGAUUGCUAUCGUGGCAAUGGCAAGAGUUAUAUGGGGAAUCUGUCCAAGACAAGAUUUGGGCUAACUUGCUCCACAUGGGACAAAAAUAUUGAAGACUUGCGUAGGCAUAUACAAAUAUUCAGAGAACCAGAUGUUAGUAAACUGAAGAAAAACUAUUGCCGCAAUCCAGAUGAUGAUUUUCACGGUCCCUGGUGUUACACAGAUGAUCCUCUUGUUCCCUGGGAUUACUGCCCUAUUUCUCGAUGUGAAGGUGAUACAACUCCCACUACAACCAGCUUCGAUGAUACUGCCAUUCCUUGUGCCUCAACAAAACAUUUGAGAGUUGUAAAUGGAAUCCCAACACAAACUAACGAAGGAUGGGUGGUUAGUUUGACAUACAGGAAUAAGCAUAUCUGUGGUGGUACUCUAAUAAAAGAAGAGUGGGUUCUUACAGCAAGGCAGUGUUUCCCUUCUCGGUACAAGGAUUUGAAAGACUACAAAGCCUGGCUUGGAGUCCAUAACAUCAAGGGAAAGGGAGAGGAGAAGCGUAGACAGGUCCGGAAUAUCUCCCAGUUGGUAUAUGGCCCCGCAGGGUCAGAUUUGGUCUUGCUGAAACUUAGCAGACCUGCUAUAUUGACAAAUUUUGUAGAAAUAAUCCGACUGCCCAUUUCUGGAUGUACCAUUCCAGAGAAGACCAGCUGCAGUGUUUAUGGAUGGGGAUACACUGGAUUAGUUAACUAUGAUGGCCUCCUCCAAGUAGCAAACCUGUUUAUUUUGGGAAAUGAGAAAUGCAACCAAUAUCUCAAAGGGAAGAUUACUGUGAAUGAGUCUGAAAUCUGUGCUGUGGCUGAAACCAUAGGUGCUGGGCCUUGUGAGCGAGAUUAUGGUGGUCCUUUGGUCUGUGAACAAAACAGGUUGAAGAUAGUAAUUGGUGUCAUUGUUCCUGGCCGAGGAUGUGCCAUUCGAAAUCGUCCUGGAAUCUUUGUUCGUGUCUCUUAUUACUCCCGGUGGAUACACAAGAUUAUGAUGACCUACAGAAAACCCUGAAAAAGUCAACAACUCCCACUGAAAGAUUUUGGACAGCAUGUAAUUAAUGUACAAUGUAAAGAUCAACAAUUUUUUAAGUACUUGAUAGUCAAGUUUGUUGAGCUUCUUUUAAUAUUUAUGGGUGUUUUUGGUGUUUUUGUCUAUCAGUGUUGUUUUAUAAUGUUGGAGUGACUUACAGUAUAUGCAAGUAUGGUGACAUAUCUCCUGAAGAAACUUGAAUGGAUAAACAAUUUUGCUAAGACAUUACUGGACGAUAAAUGGUUUUGUAGAAAUAGAACAAAUGACCUCCUUAAAGCUGCUCUUCAGAUUAUUUUAGAAGGAGAAACAAAUUAUAGUUCUACUUAACACAGCUUAUUCUUUCUAUGAGCCAUAUAUUUCUCUUCAUAUAUAACAAAAGCCCUACUGAGAGAUAUAUGCAUCUGUCAAGGACAGCAUUUACGAUCAUAUUUCUCUUUUCCCCUUCUGAGAGGUCCAAGAUUUCAGUAUUUUGUUAAAAAAUAAUAUCUUUGGUAAGUAAUCUUUUCAUUAUUGAUGGGCUUUGACAAGCCUGCUGUAAGCAGAAUUCUCACAGAAGUCACUACCAUGUUGUUUUACACAGCGCUUACAGACUUCAGUUCUGCACUUGGUUCCUUCACUGUAUAUAUCUAACAGAUAUCUCAAACCCCAUUUUGGUUAGCAAGCUAUUGAUAAUUUCUUCAAAGUCUGACCCAGAAAUAACUGUGGAUUUGCAAUGCAAAAGACAGCAUAUCAUGCAAUUUCAAAAAGUAAUCCUGAUUAGCUGUUGGAAUACUUUAGGCAUUAAAAGAAAUUUAAAUCAAAUAUGCCCAAUUUUUUCUAAACAGAGAAGUAUUAAAAAUUCAUUUGGUUCUGGUUAUUUCAUGAAAUUCUGAAUUUAUAUCAAGAAAAAGAACAGUUGAAUCUAGCACCUGGCUGAGAGAUUUAAGACUGGAAAAAGUAAGUUAUACAUUAAUAGUUUUUUCAGAGACUUGAGAAAUUUAAUAAAACCUUAACUAGAUUUGGACAAAAUUCUGUCCUUUGUAUAAUUCCUUUCAGGAUAAUAAAACAAUUGCAGAGAUUGAUAUGAUCUUGUAUUUAAUAUGGACAACAUCACUGAUAGUUUAGUUGCUUGUUUCCUGCCUAUAUAUAGGACAAUCUUUUUCCUUUAUGCUCAUAGGGAAAGGGAACAAAAAAAAUCACAGAAAAGUUCUUGUUCAUCUGUAGGUAUUUAGUUUUAUAUCUGGAAAUAUUGUACAAAUAUAUUGUUAUAGGUGGCACUGAUUACCCUUUAAUUUCUGGAAAAUUGAUACAACAUAUAUCCAAUUGUUAUUUUUACUACUGUACAUGUAAUUGCAUAAGUAACAGCACUGUUGCUUCACUUGUGACUGUGUAAAUUGUAAAUGUUUGCAGUAGUGUUUGGUCUGUGUAUCAUAUCUAACUGCACAGUCAUGAGGCUGACACCAUGAUGUAGACAUAUAAAAGGACACUUGAUGCAGAAGAUGCAGAGUUGAAUUCUGCCCUGUCACAAAGCAACCACUUCAGGGGAGGUGUCUUGGGAGAUAGGCCUCGUCUUGACUCACCAAAUUUUCUUCAGCAGUGCACUUUGACUUCAAUGGGACUCAAGCAUGCUUACAUCUGGUGAGCUGGGAUGAGUUUCAGCCCUUGCUUAAAUGGUUUGUCUUGCUGAGAUUUGUGUCACACAUGCAGCAGAUUCUACUGGCACAUAGGAAGAAGUCUUUCAGCUUCUGAAAUUCCUCCUGAUGUAAAUAGUCUCUUUGGACAAGAUGUGACUUCUCUGUACAGCAGAUUCAAGGUUGUGGAUGCUACACAGACAGUCUGUCUCAAUCUAUUCUGGCCACCUCUGAAGGCUUUAUGCUCCCUUUGGCCUCCCUUACUUACCAGGCUUAAAGAGGGCAGGAAUUAGCCUGUUGUAUUUACACUUAAUUAUUGUCAUGUAGGUGAAGAGUGUAUUCAUACUAAGUAUCAUAUACUGACCAUAUCUUAUUGAAAGGAUUACAUUUUUUAAAAAAACUUUUAAGAAACUCCAAGUGAGUUUUGUUCUCAGCCACAAGUAGAACGUGGAUAAAAUAUACAAUUCCAUGUUCACUCUUUGUAUUCUAAAAAUUGUUAUGUGCUCACUGUAUUAUAUUUGCAGGCAUUUUGUUAUGUCUAUCUAAAAAAAUAGAAUCCUAAAAUAUUUUAGUUAUAAGCUUCUGCUGUGCAGAAGACUGUGAUUUAUAUAUAUAUAUAUAUAUAUAUAUAUCACACACACACACACACACACACACACACACACACACAUAUAUGAUAAAAAUAUUUGGUUUUGUUAUACAAUGUGUAAGGAUUUUUACCUGUUUGUUCUGGGCAGUGCCUCAGUAAAAUAAAUUGUGCAGAGUAGAUGCUCCAGAACUUAACAAGUUCGUAUGCACUUGCUUACCAGGUACUUUUGCUCUCCCUAUCUCAGAAUGGAGGGCACCUGAGAUCCUGAGGAGCAAGGGAAGAGAAGAAUAAUGAUAUGUGGUAAUGAAUCUGUACUUCAUUUAUUCCUGUGAAUAUUUCUUGUUGGUACCAAUGGUACCGUACCAGGCAACUGUUAUAACGACAGGACUCUCUUAAGAAAGGACACUCUAUAGAUAUUUUUUCAUUGUUCUAGUAUUUUUAUCUCUGUUAUAACAGGGGAACCUGAUCUAGUGCCCAUCUAAAUUGCUGAAAAGCCUCUAAAUAACUGGGAUUUGAACUUUACUUCAUAAAUGUGAUUUUAAUCAGAUUAGAAUAAGAGCUGCAGAACCUAAAUUUUUAUCUAAGAGUACUCUUAAACUCCACUGAAUUUCAUUCUUAUUCUCCUUGUUGUAACUAAUCCUUUAUGUCCUAAAGGUGAAAUAUCUGGAUAUAAAAUUCUGGAACUAAAUCCUAAAAGCUGAUCUUGUGCAACUGAAGUUAGUCUAACUUAAUCAUUAUUUUCUUUGGGCAUUGGAACUGUCUAUCACUUCUUCCUCUUAUUAAAGAAAACAUUUUUCCAUUAAAAAAGUUUUUCCCCUAUCUCUUUUUCUCUCAUAAAUCUCAUGACCCUCAGAGAAAAACGUAGCUCUGAUUGGGAAUGUACUGGUCCAUAUUUUGCUGCUACUGCUGAAAUCUCCUUCUCUAGUUUAAGAUUAAAAUCCUCUGAGGCAUUCUGCAAUCCCUUCCUGCAGGUAAUGCCAAUGUACUUGACAGAGCUACUCACUUGAGUCAGAGCUUUUCAGACGAGGGUCCAAAUGUAUUUCUGGGGGUCAAAAUCUACUCAGGCAAAAUGUCCCUUGAAUUCAGUGAACAUGAUUGUCAAAAGAGCAGGGCCUAAGAAUUGUUCAGUGCUUUUCCACAUGGAUCCUUGUACACAGAUUCUCAGCUCCAAGGCAGCCUCAGCAGGAGCUGAAGCUUUGUCAUCAUCCUUGUGCAAAGCUAGUUGUAAACCAUCUGACCCCCAUGGAGACUGUAUGAAGCCUAUUGGAUUGGUUAUUUAGCCUUGUGUCCUUAUCAAUUAUUUUCUUCCUCCCUCAUGUGCACUGGUAUAUUACUGUUUUUGAAUGUUGGGGCUGCUGGCAGGAACUGACAUGGCUUUUCACCUUAAAAGUUUCCAGUGUUCCUUUUUAAACAUAUCCUUGGGCAUUUAUGUAUGGUGUUUUCUUGCAUGGGAUCUAACUUCAGGGAGCUGCCUGUGGAGUUUAGUGUAUGAUAAAAGUAUUUUUUUCUUAUUUAAGUGGGAAAAAUAAUGCUCCCAUUAAGUACAACUUGCUGAAUGCCUAAUGAAAAGGGAACACUGUGGUUAUAACUUGUAAUACAAAUUUUCUGUAAUUAACAUCUUCAUUAGUUAAUAAAGUUGGUAUUUUUGUAACCUUGUUUACUCUUAUUAUUCUUAAUAAAGUAUUUUAUAAAAAACAA